GCGAGCGAAGUUACUGUGUGGAGUCAUCUUUGUCACCCUAACAUUCUUCCAUUCAAUGGUGUGCUCCAGCAAGAGAAAAUUCUGUGCAUUGUCUCUCCGUAUCUUAAAUACGGAAAUGUUCGUGGGUAUCUCUCGAAUAAUCCCGGAGCCGACCGGACGCUCUUGGCCCUAGAUGUUGCGCAAGCAUUGGAGUUUCUUCACGGAUGGGAACCUCCAAUUGUACAUACCGAUGUCAAAGGGUAUAAUAUUCUUGUCUCGGAUUCCGAGAGAGCGUGUCUCAUUGAUUUCGGAUUCGCCACUGCAAAAGAUACCAUUCUACCUCAUGUCACAAGUACGAUGGAGUCAACACGUAGCGCUCCAUGGACGGCACCGGAGAUUCUUGAAGGCGAUAAUGUGGGGCAUUCAGCUUACACUGCAGAGAGCGAUAUGUACGCUUUUGGCGGAGUUUGCUAUGAGGUCAGAGUUAUCAAAUAA